GGGCUGUCAAAUGACAGGCGCAAGAGCCGCUUGUUUAACUGUUAAUGCUGAAAAAUAGGAAACUCCUCCCUACCGAAAGCACGCGUAAUCUGCCUUCUCACCGAAAUGGUCUCAUGGAUUAUCUCUAGACUUGUGGUGCUGAUUUUUGGCACGCUAUACCCAGCCUACUCGUCAUACAAAGCUGUCAGAUCCAAGGAUGUGAAAGAAUACGUGAAAUGGAUGAUGUACUGGAUUAUAUUUGCACUUUUCACCACUGCAGAAACAAUCACGGACAUAUUUAUUUGCUGGCUUCCUUUUUACUAUGAGUUGAAGAUAGCCUUUGUGGUGUGGUUACUGUCCCCUUACACCAAGGGAUCCAGUGUGCUGUACAGGAAGUUUGUCCAUCCUACGCUGUCCUCCAAAGAGAAGGAUAUUGAUGACUAUCUGUGCCAAGCCAAGGACAAGAGUUACGAUGCUCUGGUGCACUUUGGAAGAAAGGGGCUGAAUGUUGCAGCCACAGCUGCUGUGACGGCUGCUGCCAAGGUCUCCCACCUGCUUGAAAUAGUCACAUGCAGGGACUUUACUUUAUACCAGGGCCAGGGGGCAUUGUCAGAGCGGCUGCGCAGCUUCAGUAUGCAGGACCUGUCCUCCAUCCACCAGGAAGCUCCUCUGAAGAGCAGUGCAUCUGCCCCAUCCCGACCCACGGCAGGACACCCAAGGGCCCGUGCUCCUACACGCAGCAACUCAGAGUCCGGUUCCAGCAAGGGCUGUGCCAACUGUGGACACUGUAGUGUUCUGACAGGGCAUCCAGGGGAAGACUUUGACAUGAAUGAGUACGAGGUGUUGAGCACAGAACAGUGUGACGAGGAGAUGCGGUUCUUGCCUUUUGAGCCCUCAGUGCCCGCAACAAAUCCUGAUACCACUGCGACCCUCCAAACCGUACCCAUUUUGGCCCCAGGGGUAGAGGUGGAGGACAAGUGGGAGAAGGAGGACUCACGGGCCAGUGCCCCACAGCUCAAGCUGGUAAAGAGGAGGGCGCCUGAGCCACCUCCUAGAGUCCUGAGGCUCCGGCCCAGAUCAAAGGGUACUCAGUCUGCGAACAGUGCAACCAUGUGAAGGUGUGAAGCCAUUGGACGCAGUCAAUCAAAACACUCCCAGAUCGCUUAUCUGCCUUAAUAAAGACAAAAGAGAAAUGACGAAAAAAGCGCCGCUACAUUUCAGAAGGAACUGAAGAAGCCUGAAGAUGUCCUGCUGGUUUAGUGUCCCUUGGAGAGAACGUCUCCCUGGUAAUUUAUCUGCAGGGUUCUUUCCUUCUUUGCAUCAUUCAUCAUCUGAAGCAUUUUCUUUUUGUGUGUUUUUCUUUUUGUAAUGUGCCAAUAUGAAUUGUUUGUCAUUUUUCUUGACACAUGCGUGUCUGUCUGAAGUGUCAGGCCAGUUUCAUAAGUGACAUGUAGCACAAGGCCAUGUGGUGAUAUGAUUCUCAUGACAGAAGAGAUCAUCUGGAGUUGGGGGUGGGCAACAGGUUUAAAUAUAUUGGUAACAUUAUUUUCAUUUUCAGAGCAAAUACAGUAUUCUUAUUGUGUGCCCAAAAUAUGUUUCCUAUUACUUACAAUGAUAUUUCUAUGCUAUUUUACAAGGAAUACCUUUUUUCUCACACAUGGUCAACUUCUGGUCAAUUGUGGUCACUGCUUGUGCUCUGCCACUUGUGAAAAGUUAGAGGUGUGUUCUAUUUUCAAUUAAGACAUGUUAAUCAUCAUCAUCUAAAUUUACUGGUAAUGCAUUAAAUCCCGUAGUAAAUCACAGCUUAUAACCCUCAACAGUCAGAAAUUACCAUACAUACAAAAAAAAGUAAAUAUUUAAAGCGCAUAAAAAUAUACAGCAUGUGUUAUUUCCAAAACAUCCCUUCCAUAUACAUAAUUUAUGUUGUAAAAUAACAUGCUGUCAAAUACAAUUAGCAAUAUUUGCAUUCAAGAUUACAUUUUGACAUGUUAUUCUUCAUAAGGGGCAUAUGGAAUGAAUUUAGAUAAAUUAACUGAAUAUAACAUUUACUUAAUCUGACUAAAGUACAAUUUGGUGAAAUAUAUGGUAUUCCUUGAUAAAAUGGCACUAUUAAUGUCAAAGUCAGUAAGAGAAAUGUACUAAAUGCAAAAACUUGGCAUGUUGAUUUAUAGGGAAAAUGUACGAUUAAAUUAUGUCAAAGAGCAUUGUCUAUGUAUUAAUUGUUAUUCAUUAAUGUUGGUGUUUAAACACUCCAUUGCAUUUACCUAAUUCGGAAAACUAUGACAGAAAAUAAUAUAUUGCUCUUUGGUGGUUAAAUUAUAAUUAUGGAUAUGUACUGUAGCUUGUAAAUAUUAUUAAAGUGAUGGCUUAGUAAUAUUUAAGACCAUAUAUUUACAGUAACUGACUAAAGGUUAUACAUUGCAAUACUAUAUGAAGGCUUUGAGCACUAGGCCCACAUUGUCAUGGCAACCUGAGUCACAACACAGUCAGCAUUUCAGAUGGACUAUACUACCUCCAGUAAUACAAAUAUCCAUCACCAAAUAAGAUGGCUGGCACCUGAGUUCUCUCAAUUGCUAGUAGGUUCCACUUGGGAAAAAGGAGGUUCAGGUGCUGUGUGGGCUGCUUGACUAGCAAUAGAUACUGUUUUAUUGUCUACAUAAAUAUGUAUAGUGAACUAAUGAAUCACAACACUUAAAUGAUGGCAGAGACAGAAAUUUUCACAAAGAACAUGGAGCUGACAAUCUGGUUAUAGUCAGAAGUUUGGGUCUUUUCCCAUAUACUACAUGUGAGGAAUAAUCUUGGUUUUGUGCACAAAGCCAAAGAGAUUGGGAUACGGAUAUUGAUCCCUUUGCUUUUCAGAUGAAAAAGCUCAAAUGUAGAGAGUCAGAGGACUGUGUCACACUACACAUUUGUUGGCACAAAUAACUUCUGUUAAUCAGUGCAAUGCAUAAUUUAUGUUUGGCCCAACAAUAAUUUAUGUUUGGAAGGGUCCCCUCAAGAAAAAUUGUUUUGAAAUGCAUCAGAGUUAUUGGCACACAUUUCUUUUCCUAAUUUCUGUGGAAUUUCUGUGACCGCUAAGAUAAAUUAAAGUACUGUUUUGUACAGCAUGACCUCAGGCCCUCCCAUGUUUCAAUAUUUCAAUCCUGUGGUAGUGCAUUUGGCUAUGAUCAAAUCCAUAGAUAAAACUUAUAUCAAUAACUAUAAAAGAAAACUGAACACUAAACACAAGAAAUGAGAAUUAGCAGGGAUUGUCUAGGUAUUUAAAGAGGCAUGUCUAUAGAAUAUGGUACUACUUCAAAUAAUCACCUCACUCAAAUAAAUUAUUCAAAAUGAUGGGGUGGAUGGAUGAUCUGUUGCUUUACCCUUUGGACAUUUUUUGUGAAAAAGGUCAAUACAGUGUUGCUUACAUACAAAAGGUUUCUAUGACAAUUUCACACAUUAUAAUUAUACAUGUAUAUAUCCAUGUAUAAUUUGUGCUUAAAUAUUUUAAGGGCCCAUUUUUCCCUUGUUUGGGACACAUUUACAAAUGUUUGAUAAUUGCUCUUGUUUCUGGCCAUUAUGUUUGAGUGAAAAUUGGUAGAGCACUUCUGGUGACGUAUACUGGAUUUACUGAAUUUCAGGUGAAAAAUGACAAUUUUAUGAUCCAAAUUGUGAGUGAAACAUGCAGAAAAACAUUGCUGAAAUAAUAACAGAAUCUGUGUUUUCCACACUGUAUUUAUGGGAGGCAAAUAUAACUGCUGACACCCAGAGGCAGGUUACGACACUGCAUAUAGUGAUGCGAGAUUUUGCAUUGUACGUUACAUUGUGUAUGUUGUAUGUAGUCCCUUUUUUUUUUAGGAAAAUCAUCCUUCACCAUACAUUUAAACCUGAAACAAAUAUAGUGAGUCAGCAGUCUUGAUUACUUACUUUGGACUGUAUAUUAUAUUGUCUUGUACUUAAUCUGGUUCAUAUUCUUGAAUAAAGUUAAAUGGACAUUUGAAAUUAUGAGAUAUGUUUAUAAGACACUUGGAGGAAAUAGUCCAGUAAACCACAGAAAAUGGCUUUCAUAAAGCCCUGCUCAUUCAUCAUUUACAUGGAAUUCAGAUUAUGAUGAUUUCAACUGUCUCUCAAUAAUUAUCCUCUACCACCAACUCAUCCAAUUCACUCUGCAAUAAAGGCCAACAUGUCUUGCGUUAGAUGGGGCAAAUUGGAUCAAAAAGCAUGGAUGUUGUACAUUGUAACUAUAAGGAAGUUUCAUUUCAGAUUAGAGGGCUGGGUCUGAACUGCUUUUUCUCUUCAAAUGUAUGAGAAAAUGGAAAGAGAUACAGAAUAACAGCAUUAAUAACUGACCUUACUGGAGCACAAUGCCUCCUUUGAUUGUAACACUCUUAACAUCUGUUGUUGUAUUUUAAAUGUUUCACAACUUCAUGUGACCGUUUUCAGUGACAAAAACCCAAUCUGGAUUUAGACCAUGUUCAAAAAAGGUCACAUGCAUAAAACAUUAUUCAUUUUACAAGAAGUAUUAAAAACGCACUAGCAUUGAAAAAAUGCUAACUCAAGGGUAGUCAAUCUUGUUCCUAGAGGGCAUCAGUGUGCAUGAGGUGACUAAAUGCUGUUUCUACAGGCCUACAAUGUCUGCAAGGCUACUUAAACCUGGUCCUGGAUGGCUGCAGUGUCUGCAGCACUUAUCAACACAGGUUCUGUUGGCCAUGGUACUUAUCCCUUUUUUCUAGUAAGGUACUUUUAAGUGUGCAGGGAAACUAGCUGGGUACAGCCCUCUAGGACUGGCACUGAGCAGCACUGACAUUACAUUAUUUUUUACAUAUUUGCACUUCUGUGUCAGUCAUAAAGACCUGGCAGACUUUGACCUUAAAUAAGUGUGCAUCAGCUUCCUGUUCCUAAUGUACAUAUGCUGAUCAUUUGUGACUGUGAUUUCUUUGCAUAGAAAGCAUGACUUUCUUCUUUGUAGACUGUAUAUGGUUGUGUUGAGGACUCUGGGUGUUGUAUAUUCCAAAGCUCGUUUUGAAACUGUCUAAAGGUUAUCCCAAUCUGAGCACAGAACUAGAUGUUUUUCCAUUUCUCCCAAAACAGAUGAUUACUUCCUGUCCCUAUGGCUCUCCCUAGUGAUUCCUGAUUUACAGUGCAUCUCACAUUUGUCUAGCAGGCCAGAAGAUCUCUCUUAAAGUCACUGUUCAUGUUGUGCUUGGUUUCUCAUUCCUGACAGCUAACAGAGCAGACAGGUAGAAGUAACUUCAUGAAAUGACCUCACAAAGUGCUUUUACUUUCGUUCUCUGUUGCACAUUUCCCAUUCUGUAUUUCUGUAUUAAUUAACCACAGCCAUUAAAACAAAAUAAUGAAA